UAUAUGUGUGUAUGCGUCUGUGUGUGUGUGAGUUGAUAACGUGACCUCUUUACUACCAAUUUGGACGUGAAGACACAAACUAACUGAAUAAGGAUAAUUUACUGAAUUCUGUGAUAUCAUGCCGAAAUACGGAGACGAACGUUGGUGUGAAGAGGUUCUCAAGGAGCUGAGAGAGAACGGUCUAUCAGUCCUGGAAGAUGUCAUCCAGGCCGAAGAGUGUGACACCUAUCGUCAGCAGUACCACACCUGGGUGACGACGCUGCGCGAGGACGGUGAGUGGCCAAAGAGCAAGCGCAGCCUGAUCCAGCAUUACCGCGUUGGCCACCUCGAGGCCACCUGGGCCGUACGACUCAAAACAAAACCGGUGUUUGCAAAGUUAUGGGGAACUAACAAGCUACUGUCCAGUAUCGAUGCUGUGGCGAUUGGACGGCCGCCAGAGGGCGGUGAGGAGGAGUUCCACACCCCAGACUGCUACCAGUGGCUCCAUCUAGAUCAGUCAGCAAAGCGUGUCGGACUGCACGCUUAUCAAGGGUCCGUUCAACUGGAAGACACGGCAGAAGACGACUGGUGCUUCGUUGCCAUGCCAACAUCAGUAACAUACUUCGACGAAUUUUGCCGAACUUUCCCGCACGGUCCUACCCUGCAGACCAACAACGACUUCUACCGACUUAAGGCAAAGGAGGUGGAAUGGUACAAAAGUAAGGGCUGCGAGAUUAAACGCAUCGCAGCCCCGAAAGGUUCCAUGAUUCUCUGGGAUUCCCGCACAGUCCAUGCAAACGCCCCGCCAAUGAAAAACCGCAAUAACCCCGGCAGAUGGCGUUACGUCGUGUUCGUCGCCAUGGCUCCAGCGAUCUGGGCAAGCGCCGAGGACAUGCAAGUUAAGAAGCGCGCUUACAAAGAGUUACGGAUGACACAGCACUGGCCGGCGCAAGGUGUUAACUAUUUCCAGGAUUUGAACUACGCUGGAUGCAAAGUUAUGAAGACCCACUCGAAGCUAGGAAGGUCUGAGGAGGUCCGACUUUUAGCGGGAGAUUUGGAGUACGAUUUCAAUGAUGGCGAACCGAACGGGCCGGAGUGGCGUCCACAGUGGAACUUACCGGCUUAGUAUAGAACACAAAAUUCAUUUCCAUCAACGCACUUUUAUUUUUUAAUUUGUUUAUUUGUUUAUUUCAAAAUAAGUUUGGGCUUGAAGAUUGGGCCUGUAACAGUAUGCAGUCGCCCUACUACCAGAGGUCGCUGUUAAGUUCAUUUGGUCACGUGGAUGUGACGUACUUGUGCCUGUUAUCAACGAAAAGACAUAUUUUACAAUUAAGAUCAAUUAAAAGCACAGGUUGUGGACGUAGUUGUCCCUGAAUUGGACUAAUGGCGAUCUUAUCUCUUACAUGCUGAAUAUUGAUGAAUAACUGUUCCUUGGGCUGACUAAAUAUUCCUCAUAAAAUUUAAAAUAAAUCUUUAUUAUGUAUGACAUGAUUCAAUUUAAUGAAAAAUUGAUAUAUGUAUUAUAACAUCUAUUAGUUGUACCCGUUUCAAUAUUUGUCGAAUUCAUAUAUUCAGAGUCAACAUAUCUUUCAUAGAUACUAAUAUAUUCGAAUUCGAACCUUACAAAUUUUAUAAACAAUAAAAUAAAGGUACCUGAUACCCUUUGAAAUGUACAAGAAGAUUGGGCAGUCAUUUAAAAACUUAAACAUUGAAAUUAAUAUCCAAAUGCCGGAACGGAUAGAG